AUGACGGCGAUUUUAUGUAAAUGGUUGAACGAAGAUGUUCACUUGGAGCGUGAAAUCACAUCUGAUAACUUUGAAGCUGAAUUUGCAAAUGGUUACCUUAUAGGACAGGUUUUAAACAAAUACAGUUUACAGAGUGACUUUGGGUCCUUUUCUAAAGGAAGUACCUCGGAAUCAAAACUAAAUAAUUUUAUGUUGAUCGAACCAACUUUGGCGCUACUUGACAUACCAUUUAACACAGCUACCGCUAAAGAUAUUAUGUAUAAAAAGCAUGGAGUGGCUGUUAGGUUAUUAUAUGAACUCUAUAUUGCUCUUAACAAUAAAGAGAAACGUAAGUUAACUGGAACAGCCAUGCAAACAAUGAAAGCACGAGCCAAUGUUGCACUAGCUAGCGUUGGUAGUAUCGAAUUCAAGAGGCGAUUAACUGGCGAAACGACCAGACAAAGUUCACUCAAUCUGCGAGAAAUUGAAAACAGAUAUAAUGAUAAGAAGAAGCAGCUACAAGAUCAAGCCUUUAAGAAAAAAUUUCUAGAAGAAGAGCAAUGGAGGCAGGAGAAAGAGCAGCAAAGGCAGCAAGAACUAGCAAAGUUUCGUAAUUUGAGACAACAACAAACAGAAGUAUUAUCAAGAAUCAGAGCUGCUGCUGUCCGAAUUCCUAAACCACCCAGCACGAAGAAAGCGAACGGUAUGUCUCCAGUUGAAAUGCGAAAGACACAAGAUGAAACAGUGGUUAAGGAAGAGAUUGAAAAGUUUGAAAAUAGCAUUCGAAAUGUAGCAAUGCCUUCUUCUCCAUUACUUGUCGAUUUCGAUGUUGAUAUGAUGCUAAACGAUGAUGGUAAGCCCAAAAAUAAACUGGAUCCAAUCAACAUCGUUCAGCCCAAUGAAGCAACAGAAUAUGUAACAGGAAUCAAGAGACGAGUUAAAGAUGAUUUAAACGCAAAAGAGGAACGUCAAAAAAGGCGCCGGCGUGUACUUCUGGAGCAAAUGAAAGCUUACCAUAUGCAAGAAGAAGCCCACCAUGAAGAUAUUUUAGUUAACAGAUUAAUGAGGCAAUCACAGCAUGAACGUAAAAUUGCUGUUCAGCUAAUGCACGAACGCCAUUUGAAAGAAGUUAUCGUCAAUAAUCGUAUUGAACGUGAAAAUGAAUAUACCCAACGUAGACUGAAAGAUUUCGAUGAUGCACUAAACCGUGAAGCUAAAUAUGCUGAAUUAGCAAGACUACAGUAUCAGGAAGAAUUGAAAAAAGAAAAGGCAUUACAUCAGCAAAUUUUAAAUGAACGUGCUGAAAGGAAAUACCAAAAGCAUUAUUCUAUGUGUAUGGAAAUAAUGAAUCAAAUCGUGGAUUUUUCAGUCAGAAUCGGUCAAUAUCGCGAGUUAACUGAAAACAAAUUACCAUCAAAGUUACUAAGCGAAUGGAAGACGUUAUUUACUGUGGGGAUACCACUCUUCGAUGAUCAACCUGAAGCUGAAGAAGACGAUAAAGCAGAGGAGGCCGAUGUAACCAAUAUAUUGCAUGAAGAAAGACAAGCUUUACUUGAUGAAGCAGACUUUAUGGAAUAUAAUAAUGGUGUUGGAGAAUGGAAUCCGCCAGAAAAUUUCGAUUAUCAAUUUCCACCAAAAGAUAACUCUAUUCUUGGCCAUAUUGUUAAAACAUUGUUUAAUACAGUGGCACCACCAGAGCCUCCGGUUGAUGCUCCUGAAUUUCCAGAAUUUCCAAUUAAAGCCUGUUUUCUUGGAAAGCAAUUUAGUGGAAAAUCAGUCACUAUAGAUAGAUUACUUGAAAACCAUCGUAUCAAGGUCAUCGAGCUAGAUAAUUUAAUUCAUGAAGCUGUAGAUGCAUUUGAAAGAGGUGAAUUAGAUGAAAGCAAGAUACAGAGCGAAACUAAUGAAGACGAAGGUGCCCUAGGGGAAAAUGAAAUGAAAAAGGAUAAUGAAUCUAGUACCAACCUAAAUACCACUGGUCAAGGUUCCGAACAAGAAGGCGAUGGUAGCAAAACUACAAUGCAAUCAUCAACAUCGCUAAGUGGUAUUCCGAAUGAAGACAGUAAAUCUAAAGGUGGCAAUUUAAAGCAUAGUGGCGGCAGCACCUACAUAGGUAAAGCUGCCAAACAGUCUUAUGAUGGUAGCAAUGGUCAUUUAGGCCCCGUUCAAGAGACUGAACAUAAGCCAUCCAAUGAUGGAAAACGCCGAGGAUCAAUCAUGAGUUUCCGAGCAUCUGAUAUUGAGAAUUACAGCCCUAGGGCAAAGUUGGGGUUUAAAGCUGCUAAAGCUCUCAAACGUGGAAAAGCUGUUGAUGAUCAAGUCAUGGUGGAUAUCAUUACUAACACCAUUAAGAAAAUACCGCAAGGUUCCGGUUGGAUUUUAGACGAUUUCCCAUCAACAUAUAACCAAGCCAAGCUAUUUGAGAAAGCCUUGACAGGCUAUGAUCCAAGCCCACCUCAAGUUAAAACCAUAUCACAAGCUAAAGGUGGUAGCAAAGCGCGCAAGAAGUCUUUGCUCGCACCUGAUCCAAAACCGGAGGAAAAGUUACCGCCGCCCGUUAGUGGAAUCGAUGUUGUCAUUUUAUUUGAUGUAAAAGAUGAAGUUGUUUUGAAACGAGCAACAGGAAGAACAAAGACUAUGACGUCUAGUAAACAGUAUCAUGAAGAAUUUAAUCCACCACCAGAAGGUAGCCGGACUGGUCUUAACAAGCAAGAUAAAGUUAUGCCAGUUAGUGAUGCAAACUAUGCCAGCGAACAUGUUCAGCAAAGGUUGGUUGGCUUUCAUGAUACUUGGUCAAAACUGGAGAAAUGGUUUACAAAAUUUGGUAAUUUAAAGAAGAUUGAUGGUGCUGAAGAUCAAGAAACUGUAUUUCAAAAUGUGGAGACUAUUCUUGAAGAAGUACUAGAAAAAUUAAAGCCGGAGCCGGAGCCUGAACCCUCUAGCGGAGUAGCUGAAAGGUCUUUAUCGCCUCAGCAACCGUUAGAUUUAAAUCUUCAUCCCGUACAAGAUGCAUCCUUAAUACCUGAAAAUAAAGACACUCCAUUAGCUGAAACACCUAAAGUGGUUGUUGAUACCCCUAAUCUAAUUGCUGUUAUCGAAAAUGAAAGUAAAGCUCAAACAGAGAAGGAAAAGAAUAAGCAUCAUCCGAUAAAAUCGGAAGAUAGCAAAGAUGUUAGUCCCCGCAUCAAGGAGAAAGGCAAGAAAUUCAAAAAGAAAUCAGAUGCUAGACGCCGAUCUUCCGCUAUGGCAGAACCAGUCAUCCAAGAGCAAUCACUCGUCCGACAAGGAGAAGCGGAAGAUUUAAACAAAGUAGAAGAAGAAGAAGAACGACCACCUAGUCCUCCAAAACCAGAACCUGGUUCAGAAGAUUGGAUUUAUGUUGAAAAUACGAUUGAAUUGGAAUUGGCAACCAUUUUAUCUUCCCAAUGGGAAAAUAUCGAAAUCAAUUACAUUGAUUCAUGUAAAUACAUCUUUCGUAAAAUGCGAGACGAAAGAGAGAGCACCUAUCAGUACUUUUAUAAUAUUCGCAAUGAAUAUAAAGAAUUUCUUCGCCGGCCUGAUUUAAAACAGAUGUUAGUAAACCAGUGGCAAAAGGAAUAUAAUGACUUAGCUGAAGAUAUGAGGAGUGAUGAAGAGACCAAGGCUGAACUCCAUCAGACCGUAAUGGAUCUUGCAGAGAAACUAUGGAAUAUGUGUGAUAAACGUAAGGAAGAUGCCGAAAGAGAGCGAGAUAAUAUUAUGAAAGAUGGAUGGUUAGAAGACAGAGUUGGCUUAACAACCAAUUAUUAUAUUACUUUAAUGCAGGCUGAACUAGACCGAGUACAAGAUACAUGUUUUCUAUUGAAAGAUUAUUACAUGUCUGCCGCUGGUAAAAUAUUAAUCGAAUUUGCUGUACCUAACGGUCGUUUACCUCUUCUUGAACUAGCAACAGUUGAAUCUAGCUCAGUAGUGGUACUAAAAGGAACCAUCGAAACGAACUCGGUUUCAGUUCAGUCAUCUACUGGUAAAAGUACUAGCGCAAAAGAGAGUGUAGUUAAGGAAAGUAGAGGCAAAGAUCGCGGUAAAGAUCGUGAUCGGGAGAGGGAUAAGGAUAAGGAAAAAGAGAAAGAUGCUGCUGAGCGUGGAAUUUCUGCCUUAACUUCAGCAAUGAAUCAUGAAGAUACUGAAGAUGGCAAGACAAAAAUACCAUUAAUUCCCAGACGACCAAAAUCUGCUGAGCAAAGUAAAGAUGGUCAAUCUGGUAGUAAAGAAAAAAGAGAGAAAAAGAGUAAAAAAGAGAAGCAAGAAGAAAAAGUGGAUUCGCCUUCGUUACAUAUGGAUCCUGAUGAGAAGGUUAUCAAUGAUGCGUAUAAUAUUGUCCAAGAAUAUGUUCUAAUGAUGAUCAGCGCUGAGUUAACUGCUACUGCCGCUGAAGCUGAGAAAGAACGUGAGCGUGAACACGAGAGGCAGCGUGAUUUAGAGAAAGCGGCUAAAACUAAAAAAAAGCAUAAGAAAGAAAAGGUAGUGAAAGGCAGACAUAAAAAACAACAAAUUGUAGUCGAAGAACCCGUUGAAGAACCUCCUGAGCAAACAGCUGAGGAAAAGGAACAAAUCGCUAUACGUGAGAAGAUCCGUGAAGAAUUCACAGCGGCUACAAAAGCUGAAGAGAUUAGAUUGAGAAGUCGAUUAGAAUUAAUCCGCAGUAGAGCUAUUUGCGAUAUCCAAGUAAUAAAGCAUAAGGCUGAAGUCAUGUAUAAAGAUAUGGAUGAUUGGUUGGGUCAACGAUUUCGCAAAGAAAUGGAAAGUAUUAAAGAAUUAACGACAAUGAUGAGAGCUGCUAUCGAGAGUGAGGAAAAGAUACAAAAUGAACUUAAACUGGUCAAUGAUAACUUCUUCAUCGAUGAGAAUGUCAUGAUGUAUAACAUACCGGAGCCACCUCCACCCCCUAGUCCAAUUGAAUCAAGCAUGCCAGAGAAUUUUACUGUUGUGCAAAUAUUAAACUUGGCCCAUCAGCUAUCUGCUAUUGCAUCCAACGGUUACAUAUCUAAGCAAGCAUUUAUUGAUCUCCUUCACGGAACUAUUUCGCUUUCGCACGGUCAGGAAACUUUACCGGAUAAAUGGAUGCUCUUAAAUCAGACACAAUUGAAUGACAUGGCUAACUUGGUAUCGCUGGAUAAGGAGUACAUCAAUUGGCGAAUCUUUUUAGUAGCUAUUAUGAAUCCUGUUCCUUGGCCAAGUCGAGAUCAAUUAUUGGAUACCUUGAAGAAAUUUCGUCAAGUGGAUACCGAUCACACUGGCUUCGUGACAAAAGCACAAUAUGAAAAGAUAGAAUUAUGGUUUAAAGGUUCACCGCCUAGCAAUCAAAGUCCAUCUCUUCCUCGACAAUAUGAUCGACUUGGAAAGCUGAAAGAGGCGUUCUUUGAUAUCUUUGGCCAUAAUAAUACUUCAACGCUUCUUCUUGAUUACGUAGAUAUGUUGCUUUAUUUCUGCCAAGCAAGACGACACGAUAUUGGAUUAAUGCGAGCUCUUAGCGUUACUUCGAGUCAGCCAAUGCCAUAUAUUAGUAUAAGAGAGCUCACUGACGAUGGAUUAAAAACCGAGAAUGAAGAAAAAUCAACUGAAUCAAGCCUACAUACAGUUAUAGAAGAAAAAGAAGAAGAAGAGGAAUCUGAAAGCGCGACACAUAAUAAUGCUAUGAUUCCUGUUGAAGCUUUAGUGAAGGUCCUCAAUCAUGGAACUUAUUUUAAGAAGAAAUCAAACCGAUUUGAACUGUCGACAACAGAUAAUUGUACUCUAACAACAAGCUAUGUAUCGGAUUUAUAUCAAGAGCUUGGCUCAUCUACCGCUUCUCCAUUGCCAUUUGAUACCAUUUUCUCUCAUCCUAUUCUUCAUAACGCUAUUAAAGCAUGCAAAACAUACAAGAAAGCGGUAGCUAACAGCUUAUAA